CCAAAAAUUCAAUUAAACUGUUUCCACUUUCUCACUUUAUAAAUACCAUCUUACCCAGUUUGUCUCUUCAUUCCUUUCAUAGAAAAAACUGAUAAAUCAAAGAAAAGUAAAAGAGAGAAGAAAAUUAAAAUUAGAUUCCAUGGACCCAAGUUUGGGAAACAAGUCUUUUACUAUUGACCUUAACACAAACCCCUCAUUGCACAACAUCAAUAGAAGUCCGGUAACGCAUGAGAUAUUGGAUGAAGAAUUGAUUGGGAUGAGAAAUGAAAACAAGAAGCUAACAACAAUGCUAACAACUUUGUGUGAGAACUACAACACCUUGCAAGCUCACCUACUUGAGUUGCUGCAAAAUAACUCCACUCAUGAAGAGGACAAUUCCAAAUUAUUAUCAUCAAGAAAAAGAAUGGCUGAAGAUGUGUGUUGUGUGAAUAAUUCAGACAUCAAUAUUGAAGAAGCGUCACCAAAGAGGCCAAGGGAAAUUACUACCAAUAUUUCAACUGUUUGUGUUAAAGCUGCUACUUCCGAUCAAACCUCAGUGGUGAAAGAUGGAUAUCACUGGAGAAAAUAUGGUCAAAAAGUGACAAGAGAUAACCCUUUUCCUAGAGCCUAUUAUAAGUGUUCUUUUGCACCGACAUGCCCAGUCAAGAAGAAGGUACAAAGAAGUGUUAAAGAUCCAUCAGUUUUAGUAGCUACAUAUGAGGGGGAGCACAACCACCUUCGGCCAUCUCAAGCUGAAGAAACAGUGUCAUUAAUUAAUCAAGAUGUUACAACAGAUCCUAAAUUUUUGAAAAAAUUCAUGGAAGACAUUGACACAAAUUCACUACAACAACAGUUAGUCAAACAAAUGACAUCUUCCUUGACCAAGAACCCUACUUUCACAGCUGCAGUUGCUGCAGCCAUCUCUGGAGAUUUUCUUGGGAAUCUGAUUUAGCUUUCAAAUGAUGCAAAAUUGCAGUUUUUCAAAUGGUUUCUGUUUUUUAUAGAGAUUUGUUGAGAGGAUGUAAUGGUGAUUGUACUAUUGGAGGAAUUAGUUAAUAAAUUUACAUAUUAGUUGUCGUUGAUAGUUACUUACUGAGGUUUAGUCGAACUAUAUUUUAGUGUAUAUAAGAAUCACGUAUAUAUUUUGAGCAGUUAAUGCAUAAGAUAUUUUCUUUGAUUCUCAUU